AUGGAGUCCGAGAAGAGUCCCAGCGGCGUUCGAGUCCGUCCGGCCACCACCGACAACAGCCCGAUCUACAAUCAAGACUUUUUAACACCACGGCGCAUGACACAAGACGUCCGUGAUUCGAUUGAUUUGAGAACAAGUUCAAGGUCUAGUGUUAGCUCGGAAGUAAGGAGAUCAUCGUCGGUAUCAUGCGUAACUCGCCUCGCAUCUGAAGAUGAUUGUGCAAAGCAGCGCUUCAUCGUCUGGGCUGCGGUAAAACGCAACAGAUCCGUACGAAUGGCCCCCAGUGACAGGUUGCGGUGCCCUUUGUUGAGAUGUGGUGAGCAAUUCAAUGAUCACGAGACCAUGCUGCAGCAUCUACAUGCCUGUAAGCACCUCUCAGCGGGAGAGUACCUAUGCUAUGAUUGCAUGAAAGUCGAGAAGUUCAACGACGGUAAAUGCAAAUGUUGCCUCAGUCACAAAACAAAACGAAGACGAAUCAUCAAUGCGGCAAAGAAGGUCUUUUCGACUCUCGGCCACAAGUCCCGGAGAGAUGUCUCUGUCGAGCUUACCCAGGUCGAUUUCGCGAUCCCACCUCCCCCGAGUUACGAUUCCCUCAGCAUGGAGCAAGAACCACAGUUGCCAAUCGAGUCGGAAAUCAGUGGAAAUCCAGUCUGUGAGAUGGAGGCAGUGCUACCCCUCGAACUGGGAUCCGUGAAUUAUGAAGGGCACUUCAAUGUGCCGCCGCCGCCGCCGCCGCCGCCGCAGACUCAAGAAACAAACACAUUUGUGCCAGCGGCCUCGCCAUUUCUGAUACCACCGCCACGGCACGACAUACGAAGCCUUCAAGACAGUGACGGACGCCGACCAUCGCUCACACUGGAUACCAACAACAUGGGACGACCAAGCAAGGUCCCACGAACCAGUUACCUCUCUCCGAGCUCAUCCCUGAGGUCGGCGAACAGCUCCCAUGGUAUCAUAUCCCCAAUCAGUGCUGGUUCGGCGAGCUGGACGACCAAUUCAUCAACCAUUGACACAACUCUGGCAUCGCCCAUCACUCCUUUCAGUGCCGAUAUUGAGUCGAGCUCGCUUUCUCGCGAGAAUAGUUGCAAGUUCCCAAAAGACUUCCCGCUUCCGUCCUUCUGCUCUAGCUGGAAUACCGAACCGGAUAGACAAACUGCAAUGAAGAACAUUGAUUUGUGCAACACGGAUAACAACUUUGCUCUUGGAGAUUUGCCCGAGCUGCCUGGCGAUGACCCGAUAGGAAUGACCUUGUCCAAGGACUGGGUUCAUGAUCCGCUGCUCUUCACGUUCGGACCUAAGGAGGACUAUUCGUGGCCCUCGACAAUCGAUACCGAAGUCAACGUCGUUUUUACCGAGAACAACACCGACCAAGAAAAUGGAGCAGCGCCAUUCAACUCUGACACGAGGACACUCAUCACCGAUACUUGGCAUGCACUUCAGCAACAACUGUCUUACUCUUUACCCAAUACCCGAACUGUCGACAACAAUUUAGCUCGACGACUGGAGAAUAUUUCGGCAAAAGAUAUCAUUUUGAAAGGCUUGGCAAGUCUCAAGGGCAUAUUGAACGGUGUUGAUCCGACAGACCCGAUCGAUUAUUUGUGCUUUAUUCACGUCGUAUAUGCCUUCACCGUCGUCAUACAUGAGGAAGAAGCAGCAACGCACAUGAAUAAACUGUUCAAGCAGGCUCUAGCAUAUCGCAAUUUUGUAUCAGCAUCGGAUCGUUCGGCUUAUGCUGCUAUCGUAGCGGCGAUUUGGGAACCAUCAGAGCUGGAAGAGACCAAGAGCGUGCUGGGCCGCUCGUCUAGCCUGAAGGGAAAGGGUCCAGAGUUGCGGGCCAAUUUGACUCUCCCCUUCAGCCUAGAUCCCUUAAUUGGGGUAGCCCAGAACUUCCUUGAUGAUCUCGAAACUUCUACACUUGUUGGAAUCAACAAUCACCAGUCUAUAGAAGUGAUGACAUCUGAGCUCUAUUCGACUCAUGUUGCUGAAACCGGACCUGGCAGCGAGCCAACACCUGACGCAUUCAAGAUCACUGUCAACUAUGUCGUGCAAAUGCUCAGCCAACGUUUCGGGCCUCUCAGCAGCAGCCUGAUUCCCAAGCUACGGUCUAUCAGCCAGAAGGUGGCCAAUGGCUUCAUCACCAGCGUCCGGCGGAUGGAGCUCGAGUUGCUCCAAGUAGGCAAAACUACCUUGCAUUCGCCAGAACUCUUCGACGAAUAUGUUCCCGAGGUCAGGCGCCUCUGCGAUCCUCUAUACUCCCAGCAAAGUUCGAAUCCAAGGUCGAGGUACCACACGCUAGCGACUGCCUUGGUCGAAAGUAUGGUACGAAAUAUUGAAUCGCCAACCAAUCUGUUGCCAAGUCUCGACCCAUCGACGGCCAUUGAAGAAAAUGGCCUAGACUACAGUUUCCCCGAGGACCCGUUGGCAGAUUUUCUGAAGGAUUUGGAUAGCAGCGACUUUGUGGAUAGCUUGCUCGAGUCGGCGCUCGACGGGACAUCUAAUCCCAUUAUGGAGUCCAUGGCGCAAACAUCAGAAUCAGUCAAGACAUCAGACAAGCACUCACACUGCACCCAGGACGACCCUCCACAAAGCGUACAAGGAAAAGAUGUCGACGUAGAAAACACCAUGGUGAACAGAGAUGCUACAUCCGCUGCCGAGCAAGAAUAUCUGCCCCAGACAUCGAGCCACAUUCUUCCAACAGUGUCAAUAUCACACGGCGAGGAUUAUUUGCCUCCAAAACAAGCAGCGGAAGCAGGACCCUCGGAACAGAAAGCGGAGGCCAAUGACUGCUGCGAAAUUUGUGGCUACCGGCCCAAAGGCGAUCCCCAAUGGUUCAAAGGCUCAAUGGCCAAACAUAAAAAGCUGCAGCACUCGACAGAGCCGCCCAAGAUCUACCGGUGCACAUAUCCGGGUUGUACCAGUGCCUAUAAGAACCGGCCAGAUAAUCUGAGGCAACACCAGAUUGAGAAGGGCCACUUUGUGGAGGGAGAGGGCAAGGGCAAACAGAAGAAAACGACCAAGAGGAAGAACAUGGACGAUGACUGA